CAAAACGCGGGCGUGCAUGGCGUGAUGUGCGAUAUCUGGUGGGGGCUGGUUGAGCAGCAGCCAAAGAAAUAUGAUUUCAGUUUCUACCGCUCAAUGGCCGAGGCAGCUCAGCGGCAGGGGCUUGAAAUCGAGUUCGUCAUGUCGUUUCAUAAGUGCGGAGGAAAUGUAGGCGACAACGUUUACAUCCCCUUGCCGAAAUGGAUUCUUUCUCAUGCUCACAAAGCUGGACUCUCUUCAGUCUUCUACACUGACAGGUGGGGCUUCUCCAACGACGAGUACAUCUCAGGAGCAGCGGAUACUACUCCCCUCGUCGACGGCAGAUCCCCGGUCGAGAUGUACGCCGACUUCAUGCAAGCCUUCGUCGACAACUUCCUGGACCUUUUCCACAUCGUCAUUUCCAAGGUCCAGAUCGGCCUCGGCCCCGCCGGCGAGCUGCGGUACCCCUCCUUCCCGCUCUCCAAGUGGUGCUACCCGGGCGCUGGGUCGUUCCAGUGCUAUGACAGGAGCAUGAGGGAAGGGUGGGAGAAGCACUGCAGGAACGAGCUGAAGAAGAGCGUGUGGGCCCACAAGAUGCCCGAUGACGGGGGAUACAACGCUGACCCCCAGAACAAUCACUUCUGGAGCAGUGAGAUCCACUCCGACUAUGGCAAGGCCUUCAUGAGCUGGUACUCCAACGCUCUCAUCCAGCAUGGGGAGCGAGUCCUCAAGCGAGCAAGCAGCAUCUUCGCUCCUCUCGGCGUCGAGAUCUCCGGCAAGAUCGCAGGGCUGCACUGGCUGUACAAGACUUCCCACCACGGCGCCGAGUGCGCGGCUGGAUACUACAACACCAACAACCAGGACUGCUACAGCAACAUCGCCCGCAUGCUGCGCUCCUGCGGCGCGACCUUCGACUUCACGUGCAUGGAGAUCAAGACCGGCCGAGACGACUGCCCGCCAUACUACAGUGACCCGGAGGCGCUGGUAUGGCAGGCGAAGAGGGCGGCGGAGGGGAACGGGAUCAAGUUGGCCGGGGAGAACGCGCUU